AGCAACUCACGAAUAAGCUCUUCUCUUCUUAAUUACAUUUUGAAAUUACAUUAAAAAACAUAAUAUAAAAUGGCCGAUAAACCAAAACGCCCACUCUCCGCCUACAUGCUGUGGCUUAACAGUGCCCGCGACUCGAUCAAGCGUGAGAAUCCUGGCAUUAAGGUUACCGAGGUCGCCAAACGUGGUGGUGAAUUAUGGCGGGCCAUGAAGGACAAGUCGGAAUGGGAGGCAAAGGCUGCCAAGGCCAAGGAUGACUAUGAUCGUGCCGUCAAAGAAUUUGAGGCCAAUGGUGGCAGCAGUGCUGCCAAUGGCGGUGCCAAGAAACGAUCAAAACCAACGAAAAAGGUGGCAAAGAAGAGCAAGAAGGAUGAUUCCGAUGAGGAUGAUGAUGAUGAAAGCGAGUAGAUAUUGUAUUUGAUAAUUGAAAUACACUCUCUUCUCUCACCACCACCACCACCAACAACAACACACACUCUCUUCAAAAUGUAACAAAAAAUAGAAAACACAAACUCAUCGACAAGUCACAAUCAAUAAGGGAAUUGCAAGGAUUCUCACAAAAAAAAACUCCAUUUAAAUAGAUUACAAAUCCAUAAACACACACACAUAAACACAUAUACACACACAAAAGAAGAGCGAACAGAAUAAUGUAUUUAUAAAUAAGAAUUUAAGUUUAUUGUAGUCGUUUCUUUUUAAUAUACCUUUAUAUAUACAAAAAGAAGAAGGAGACAAAAACCCAUCAUCAUAAUAUGAGAGAACAAAAACAAAAAAAAAAGCAAGGAACACAAUUUUUGUAAGAAGCAAAAGAAAGUCAAGAAUGAGCGCGUCUUUCUUUCCCUCCACGUUGUCCCUCUUUGCGGGGAUCGUGGGUGGGGGUGAAGCGUGCCGAGGCGAUGAUUUAUCUAAAAUUGUAAAGUAAUUCCAAUUAAAACAAAACAAAAAAAAAAAACAAACGAAAAAAAAAACAAGAAAAAAAACUAAAUAAAACAAAGAAUUAUAUUAAAAAAACGAAAAAAAAACAAACAAAUAAGAAUUGUAAAAACCCCAAGUUUUGGAGUAUAGAAGAAGAUUUCACAGUUAUUGCAGAGAGCCAACGAGAGAGAGAAAUGGAGAAGGAGAGGAUUUGGAUCCAAAUGUUCUUUUUUUUUCGUUUUGGGGAAUAUAUUUAUAUGUAUACAAAAUGUAUAAAAAGUAUAGCGAAAUACCAAUUGUAACAUUUAAACAUUUUUUGAUGUGGAAGAGAGUGUACAAAAAAAAAGAUAAACGAAAUUUCGCUCAGGUUUAUUCGCAAAUAUUCUCACACUUCCCCACUCCCAAAAACAACAAACAAUUCCCUCAAAUUUCUCCUUCA